ACUCCUACUAUCUCCAUAGUCUGAAUAAAUGUAGUAGAAAUAAUGAUAUUUCUAACGUAAUUAUUGAGUAAUUUUGUUUCAAGUAUAGAAAUCUUACGUAUUCUUCUAUUAGGUUGAGAAUCACUAACAAAGCGCAUGCUUUCGUGUUUUCCGAAACUGCUGUCGGGGCAAUGAUUACGGAAUUAAAUCUGUAUGAAUAGUUUUAAAUAAAUAAUUCUUUUAUCGAUUUGUUUUCAAUAUUACCAGUUAAAUAAAAAGGAUUAAAAAAUGCCGAAGGGAAAAACAAAAAAGUUCAUUGAUAAGAAAAAUUCAAUAACAUUUCAUUUAGUUCAUCGAUCGCAAAAAGAUCCAUUAAUUGCCGAUGAAACAGCUCCGCAACGCGUACUUGUACCUGUUGGAGAUACACAAGCACCUAAACUCGAGCGAAAAAAGUUAGAUGAUAAACGGAAAAAGGAGCAACAAAAAUAUGGCAUAUAUUUUGACGACGAUUAUGAUUAUUUACAACAUCUUAAAGAUGUUAAUUCUUUAACAGCAGAAUGGGAACAUUUAGAUUGUAUCAAUUCUUCGAAAUCAAAUGACCAAACGAAUGCACCCAAAAUUAGUUUACCAUCUUCUGUAUUUGCUUCAAAUGUGGAAGAAAAAGUUGGACUUUUGAAUAAAGCAGCUCCAGUUUCGGGGUUACAAUUAGAUUUAGAUCCAGACAUAGUUGCUGCUAUGGACGAUGAUUUUGAGUACAGUGAUCCAGAAAACCAAUUGGAAGAUAAUUUUAUCGAAUUAGCUAAUAAAAGCGAUACUGAUAGUGAUAUUGCACCAAAAGAAUAUGCAGAAAUGUCUGAUGUUUCAUCUGAGGGAAACAUGGGAUUGUCCGAUGAAGAACAAGAUGAAGUGUGCAGUUUAAAUGGACCUCAAUAUACUUUUAGAGAAGAAGAAAUAAAAUCCCGUUUUACAGAAUAUUCACUGAGCAGCAGUGUAAUAAAAAGAAACGAACAACUAACACUUCUUGAUGACAAAUUCGAAAAAAUGUAUGCAGCAUAUGACGAAAAUGAAAUUGGUGCAUUAGAUUGUGAUGAUAUUGAAGGAUACAUUGCACCAAACUCAGAUUUAGUUCUUCAAUGUGCAGCAGAAUUUAAGGAACAACAAAAUGAAGAUACCGACAAUAUUGGACAAUUAAUGAAAGAUAGAAUGAAAAUUUUGGAAAAAGAGUAUUCCAGUUCUGAGGACGAAAGCAGUUUAGAAGAACUUAUUGUUGAUACAAGAGAAAAGGAUAAAUGGGACUGUGAAAGUAUUAUUAGUACAUACAGUAAUAUUUAUAAUCAUCCAAAGUUAAUUUCUGAACCUAAGCAUCCACAAAAGAUCAAAGUUGAUCUAAGAACUGGUAUACCGAAAAACAUUUUAGAUAAUUCUUCUGGAAAAUUAACUGCUAAAACAUUGGCUCAAUUUGAUCAGCAAAAUGAAGACUGUAAACCAAAAUAUCCGCGGUCUAUCGCAGAAAGUAUGAAAUCUACCUUAAGUACAUUAAGCGUAAGACCCAAGAAUGAAAGUUCUACAGAAAGGAAGGAAAGGAAGAAAGCACUUAAAGAAUAUAGAAAAGAAAGGCGAAUAGAACGGAAGGCAAAUAGCGAAGCAUUUAAAGAGGAAAAGAAACGUCAGGAAAAAGUUUUAUUAAACAAUAGGCAAAAUAUUCAAGGAAAUAGAAUACUAUGA